UUAUCCUGCAGUGUGCCCUCAGUUAUCUGGAACACUUGUGAAGCCGUCCUGCAGUGUGUACCCGGUUAUCUGGAACACUUGUGAAGCCGUCCGGCAGUGUGCACCCGGUUAUCUGCAUCCAUCAGCUAUGUCCUUCAGUGCCACCAUUCUCUUCUCCCCGCCCAGUGGCAGUGAAGCCAGAUGCUGCUGCUGUACCUGUAAGAGUGAGACUAGCCAGGGCAGCUCGGGCUCUCAAGGUGGGAAUCCUCCUGCCAGCACCCCUAUCACAGUGACAGGACAUGGCCUGGCAGUUCAGAGCUCUGAACAGCUCCUGCAUAUUAUCUACCAGCGGGUGGACAAGGCAGUGGGUCUGGCUGAGGCCGCCCUGGGUCUUGCUCGGGCCAACAAUGAGUUGUUAAAACAGCUCCAGGAAGAAGUGGGUGAGCUACGGCAGGGGAAAGUGUGCACUACUGAUGAAGAUGGGGAGAACCGGGCCCGCAGCCCACCACCCGAAGAGCCUGGACUGCUCAAGGGGAGUCCGGGGGAAGCCUGCAAGACUCUGUCUGCCAUGGAGGAGGAGUGUGACAGCGUGGGCAGCGGAGUGCAGGUGGUGAUCGAGGAGCUGAGGCAGCUGGGGGCCGCCUCCACUGUGGGGCAGGGGCCCUUGGGCUUCUUCGCAGCCCCCCAGAGAGAUUUGCGGCUCCCAGGAUGUGCGCUGGCUGCAGUAGAGGGAGCCCCUCUGCUCAACCCCAUGGCGGAUGAUUAUGUGGCCUCUGAGGGUGCAAUACAACGAGUAUUGGUCCCUGCUUAUGCCAAACAGCUUUCACCAGCCACACAGCUGGCUAUCCAGAGAGGAUCCUCAGAGACAGGACCAGAAAAUGGAACCAAGCUCCCAGCAACCCGCCCUGAGGACAUGCUUGGUUCAUCAGCGCUGGACAAUGCCAUGGAAGAGUCUGGCCCUGGCAGCACUGGGGAACUGAGCCGCUCAAUGGGAUUUAUUGGCUCCCCAUGCAGGAUCCGAGGGAGUGGGCAGAAAAACUCCAGGCGCAAGCGAGAUCUGGUGCUCUCUAAACUGGUCCACAAUGUGCAUAACCACAUCACCAACGACAAGAGAUUCAAUGGAUCUGAAAGCAUUAAGUCCUCUUGGAAUAUUUCCGUAGUGAAAUUCCUUUUGGAAAAGCUCAAGCAGGAGCUGAUGACCAGUCCCCACAAUUACACUGAUAAGGAGCUGAAAGGAGCCUGUGUGGCCUACUUCCUUACCAAGAGGCGAGAGUACCGCAACUCUCUUAACCCUUUCAAAGGCCUGAAGGAAAAAGAGGAGAAGAAACUUCGAAGUCGCCGAUACCGGCUUUUUGCCAACCGAUCCAGUAUCAUGAGGCAUUUUGGACCUGAGGACCAACAGCUGUGGAAGAACGUGACUGAAGAACUGAUGUCCGAUGAGGAGGACAGUCUUAAUGAGCCAGGUGUGUGGGUGGCGCGCUCUCCCAGGUUCCGAGCUCAGCGCCUCACCGAGCUCUGCUACCACCUGGAUGCUAACUCAAAGCAUGGCACCAAAGCCAACCGUGUAUACGGGCCUCCCUCAGACAGACUGCCUUCCGUGGAAGCUCAACUCCUUCCACCCGAUCUUUACAACCCUAAUUUCCAAGAAGAGGAAGGAGGAGGAGGCAACGAGAAAGGACCUGUCUCACCAUCCUUUGACCAGUCUCACAAGACAUCCUGUCCUGAUUUGAACUCAUUCAUUGAAAUCAAGGUGGAAAAGGAUGAAUACAGUCUAUAACAAGGGUCGCCCUGCCCGUCACUCUCCACAUCCCAGAAACCGGUAGCGCACAAUAAUGAGGGCCCUGCAGUUGGGAAAAGCAAACCUGCUUCUCUUAACAUAGUGUCUACUUGAAGUGGGAGCUGGAGACUCUCGUGGGAUAGCAGAAGAUAGUAGAAGGCAGGGGAGUGCCUCUCCCACGCACCAAUGGCAAGCCAGAAAAUGCUUAUUCCUAAGCAGAAACAGUGCCUCGGAGGAGCCUGGGAUGAAAAAGAGGGUUGGGUCAAAGAAACAUGAGGCCUUGGUACAUGUCCCUAUUUCUGUUUUUGCCCCCCAUUCAUCCUCCCAUUCCUCCCUCCAUUGUACCCACAGCCCAGGAGAAACACUGCAGGUCUUGUGCUGCCCUGGAAGCAGAACAGGCGGGUCCAGGGUAAUACUGCCCCCUGGUGGGAAGUUUUAGUCAUGGACUUUCUCUCCUGAGCAGGGGAACAUGGGCUUAGUGCUAUUUGGAAUAGCUAGAUAUGCUAGUUAUUUGGAUUUUUUAAUGAUAGCUAUUAUUUGUUGGAUUAUAUGAGAAAAAUUUAUUAUUACCAUAUCACAUGGGAUAAAAUUAAAGCUUAAACAUUUCUUCUCAUGUUGCUGGGCAUAGUGACUCAUACUUAGAAUCCCAGCAUUUAGAAAUCUGUGAAGGGCUGCUUGGGUUAUAUAGUGAGUUCCUGAUUAGCCUGGGUUACAGAGUGAAACCCUGUCCCCCAAAAAACCAAAACAAGGCUGGGCAGUGGUGAUGACGCCUUUGAUCCAGCACACGGGAGGCAGACACAGGUAGAUCUCUGUGAGUUCGAGGCCAGUCUGGUCUACAGAGCUAAUUCUAGGACAGUCAACACUACCCGAAGAAACCCUGUCUGGGAAAGCAAAACAAACAAAACAAACCAGGCAUGGUGGUAGAGGCAGGUUGAUUUCUAUGGGUCCCAGGCCAGCCUGUUAUACAUAGUGACACCCUGUCAUCAGAAAAACAACAGUUUGAGGCCAGCCUGAUCUUCAGAGUGAGUUCCAGGACAAUACAGUCACAUAGAGAAACCCUGUCUUAAAAAAAAAAAGAAAACAAAAGAAAGGAAGGAAAAGAAAAACAACAGCAGAAGGAGACAAGCAAAAACCUCCUGUCUCACUGACAGUUCCUCUUGUAUUCCUGUGAUCAAGAAUACGCAUCUUCCUAGCUAUGUCAGUCCUGUCAGCCAAGCUGUAUUUUGAGGAAGGUUUAUGUAUACACAUACAUUACAGAUGGAUUAAAAAGUAAUCUACAG